AUGAGUUUCGAAGGCAAAGUUGUGAUCGUGACAGGAGCCAGUUCCGGGAUUGGGGCAGCGACAGCCGUCCUCUUUUCGAAAGAAGGGGCACACGUGACGCUUGUGGGGAGGAACGAGACGAAGCUUAACGAUGUCGCUUCGCGUUGCGUCUCGAGGCACCUCGUUGUGAAGGCGGACGUCUCGCAAGAGGCCCAAGCGAAGAGCAUCGUCGAUCGGACCGUGAGCGAAUUCGGCAAGAUCGAUGUGCUCGUGAACAACGCUGGCAUCGUGCGCUUCGGUAGCGUCGGCAUGGGCAACAUUUUGAGCGCCUACGACCAAGUGAUGGCGACGAACUUGCGCGGCGCCAUACACCUCACCACUCUUUGCGUCGAGCAUUUGUUGGAGAGCAAAGGCAACAUCGUGAACGUGUCCAGCGUCGGUGGUGUAGUUACGCCAACCAAGCCCGCGCUGACGUCCUACAGCAUAUCCAAGGCGGCUCUGAAUAUGUUCACUCAGUGCGUCGCUUUGGAACUUGGGGAAUACGGCGUGAGGGCGAACACCGUUAGCCCCGGGCCGGUCGUGACGGACAUCAUGUCGAACUCGGGCGUCCCCGACUCGGCCUACUCUUGGGCGGACUUCGAGCCCACCACGGCUCUCAAGCGAGUGGGGCAGCCGGAGGAGAUCGCCGAUCUGAUCGGGUUCCUCGCCAGUGAUAAGGCCAAAAGUAUCACCGGCGCCAAUUACGUCAGCGACAACGGAUUUAUUCUCAAGCGU